CCUCUUUCCUCUUUUCUUCUUUUCCUUUUUCAUUUUUCUAGUACCAAACCAAGCACUAAUAAUACAGCCACAUGUGAUUAAUUGACAACCAAAAUACAAUUUCCUAUUCCGAGGACCGAAUCCACACUUUUGCCAACUAAAAAAAAAAAAAAAAAAAAACCAAAACAAAACAAAACAGAAGGACAGGGAAGAGAGGAGGAGGACCCCGUAAAAACGACAUAAAAAGAAGCAGAGAGAGAGAGCGAGAGAGAGAGAGAGAGAGAGAGAGAGAGAGAGAGAGAGAGAGAUCUUCUUUCUUUCUAGACAAUACUAUACCACCACCCCCCCCUUUUCUGCAACUUUCUCUCUCUAGAAACAGAAACAAUGGCGAAGGAGAGAGGAUCUGGAGGAGGAGGAGAGAAUAAGCUGUUAGUGAAAGUAGUAUGGAAAAGCUACGCAGCAGAACUUAAGCUUCUUCUAACAGCACUUCUCGUCCUCUGCUCUUUAGCCACUCUCCUUCAGUUCCUCCCUUCUCGCUUCCUCGCCAUUUCCACCUCCGAUCUCCGCUUCUGCAUCUCCAAAGCCAUCGCCCAGCAAAACGACGUCGUCCAGCAAAACGACGUCGUUUCCAACUCCUCCAUCUUCACCUCCUCCUCUUCCUCAUCACCAACUCCCUCACCACAACCAGUUUUGAAAGAUCCUGAAAAUGAACUACAAGAAGAAACGGUGCUCCCAAACGGCGUCGUAAAGCGGGCCUUCAACCCGUACGGCGCCGCAGCGUACAGCUUCAUAAUCAUGGGAGCUUACAGAGGCGGACCCAACACCUUCGCCAUUGUGGGAUUAGCUUCCAAGCCACUCCAUGUUUACGGUAGGCCGACAUAUGAAUGCAUGUGGGUCCCAUCUAACCACAGUCAGGAACCAAUCUCCGCCGACGGAUACAAGAUUCUCCCCGAUUGGGGCUACGGCCGGGUCUAUACUGUCGUUGUCGUCAACUGCACAUUCCCCGACCAUCCUCUAAUCAACGGCGAAAAUUCCGGCGGAAAACUUGUCCUGCGCGCCUCCACCUCCGGCGGUGGGGACCGCAACCUCAACGUCACCGACACCAUCGACGCGCUCGUGGAGAAGCCGGGGAGCGUGGACUUCACGCUCUUCACCUCGAAGCCCAAGUACAAAUACCUGUAUUGUGGAUCUUCUCUGUACGGGAAUUUAAGCCCGCAGAGAGUGAGGGAGUGGUUCGCUUACCAUGUCCGGCUUUUCGGGCCGGAAUCCCACUUCGUCAUCCACGACGCCGGUGGGGUCCACGAGGAGGUGAUGGAGGUGCUGAAGCCGUGGAUUGAGUUGGGGUACGUGACGCUUCAGGAUAUAAGGGAACAAGAGAGAUUUGAUGGGUAUUACCAUAAUCAGUUCAUGGUUGUGAAUGAUUGCUUGCAUAGGUACAAGUUCAUGGCAAAAUGGAUGUUCUUCUUUGAUGUUGAUGAGUUUAUUUAUGUGCCACGAAAGAAUACCAUUAAGUCUGUGCUUGAUUCUCUCUCCGAGUAUUCUCAGUUCACCAUUGAACAAAUGCCCAUGAGCUGUAAGCUCUGCCUUUCUGACGAUGCCGGAAAAACUUACAGGAAAUGGGGGUUUGAGAAGCUUGUAUAUAGAGACGUAAAGAGAGGUAUAAGGAGGGACCGCAAGUAUGUGGUGCAGCCGCGCAGCGUGUAUGCGGCAGGCGUUCACAUGUCGCAGAACCUGGCCGGCAAGACCACCCACAAGACGGAGGGCCGCAUCAUGUACUUCCACUACCAUGGCACCAUCGCGCAACGACGUGAGCCCUGCCGGAACCUCGGCAACUGGACGGAAACCACCUUCGAAAACAACCCGUAUGUCUUGGACACCACCAUGAGGAACAUUGCGGGCUUUGUCAAGAAGUUUGAGCUGAAAAUGAUUGGAUCUAGAUUACAAAAGACUCGUCAAUAAUGAUACCCAUGUUCUUUUAUUUUAUUUAUUUAUUUUUUCUUUUUCUAUGAUUAGAUUAAAGCCAUGUAGAAGAUAAUUCUUUUGGGGUUGGGAGAUAUAGGGAAGGUUCUUACUUGUAAUAUAGCCCUUUUUUUUCUUUUUCUUUUUUUUCCUUUUUUUCCGCUGAGUAUAGAUACAGGUGGUAGGUACAUUAUAUCACGCGAGAGCUUUUCCAUUCU